UCUAGGGCUUCUUCUUCUUCCUCUGCUCUGCUCGUGGACAGCUUCGAAGUCGACGAUUUCAGCAUUAGGAGUCUUUAUAAUGGAUGGGGGAUCAAAGAGUUCCAAAAGAGCGAGACUUUAUGAAAGUGAUUCAGAAGAGAUAAGCGACCAAGAGGUGGAAAGAGAGAGCGAAGAUGGUGACUUAUCUGAUGGAAUAGAUGAUAGUGAAGAUCAUAGCAUGGAUGAUGAGGGAGGGAGUGACGAAGGAGAAGAUAGCGAGGAAGAUGAUGUGGAUGAAGAAAGCGAUGAACUUGAUGAUGAUAAUGAUGAAGAGAGUGGUGAUGAAGGAGAUGAUGAUGAUGAUGAUGAUGACAAUAAAGACGCGGCAAUGGAAGAGCUUGAAAAAGAGUACCAGGAGCUUCGCUCUCAAGAACAGGAUAUAUUGAAGAACCUGAAGCGUGAUAAGAACGAAGACCUUGCUAAAGGUCAAGCAGUGAAGAACCAGAAGGCUCUUUGGGACAAAACUCUGGAGAUCAGAUUCUUACUUCAGAAACCAUUUAGUACUUCAAACAGAUUGCCACAUGAGCAUGUGAAAUCCUCUUUUUGUUCUGAAGAUGAGAAGGUCUCAACAGCAUAUGCUGAGCUAAUUGCUUCAUCUAAGAAGACAAUAGAUUCCCUCUUGGAGUUGCAAGGGGCUUUGUUUGGGAAGAACCCUUCCGUUGAUCAACAAGCAGAUGGUAAAGCUGCUUUAACUCGUUCAGAAUCCAAUACAUCAGAUGCAGAAGAUAGCGAUGAUGAAUGGCACCAAAUAUCUGACAUGCAAAAUAGAAUGUGUGUGUUCCGAAACAAGGCUGUGGACAAUUGGCAGAGAAGAACACAAGUCACAACUGGUGCAGCUGCUAUUAAAGGAAAGCUCCAUGCCUUUAACCAGAACGUUAGUGAACAGGUUGCUUCUUACAUGAGGGAUCCGAGUAGAAUGAUUAAACAAAUGCAACAAUCAAGAUCUACUGUUGCUGUCUUUGGAACUGUACCUGUGGAGGCCAUGGAACCAAAUCAAGAGGAAAAACAAGUUGAAGGAGACCCUGAGCUUGUGGAAGAUGCUGAGUUCUAUCAGCAGCUGCUGAAGGAGUUCUUUGAGACCAUUGAUCCAGCUUCAUCAGAGGCGGCUUUCUAUGCAAUGAAGAAGUUUCAGACAAAAAAGAGGAAGAUUGUGGAUCGUCGUGCAUCUAAGAGCAGAAAGAUCAGGUAUAAUGUUCAUGAGAAGAUUGUCAACUUCAUGGCUCCAAGACGAGUCAAGAUUCCUCCAAACUCUGCGGAUUUGCUGAAGAAUCUGUUUGGUCUCAAGACUAGAAACGGUCUUGCCUGUGAAGUAUAACAAACCUCAAUUUUUGAAACGCAGGAGUAGAUUUUGGUUACAAGAUUCAUAUUGUGAAAACUGAGAAACUCGCUUUAUGUAUCCGUUUUUUUAUUGAAAGCAUCUAGUUGUGGUCUUAUAUA